AUCCCUCUCAAACACAGCAUUAAAGAAGCUAGAGAUCAAACUGUUUUUAAAAUCAAAACCCUAUCAAACUAGAGCUAAAUACUUUUCGUUGCUACUAUAUUUUUUUUCCAGCACGCCAUUUCCAUUCUCCUUUCAUCCAUUGCGAGUUUGCGACUGCGAACACGCGCGCAAAAAAUAUUGACGAAAACUGGAGGGGUAAAGGGGAAAAGGCGACGGCCGCCUGGGCCCUGGAGGAGCGAGAAGGCGGAAGAAGGGGAGCGGCAGUCGCAGGCCGCAGCUCGUUGAUGGUGGUUAGGGUUUCGCCGCCCGCACGCUCGACCUGCUGAAGAAUCGCCCCCCUGUUGAAGAGGUCUGCGCCUCGCCCUAUAAGGCUCCGGGGAAGAGGAGAUAGACAUCAGUGGACCCCGGCGCGCGGCUGAUGGCGGAGCAGGAGCGGAGGGACGCGGAGGCUGGGGGCGAUGCCGCGGGCGCAGCGGUGGCGUCUCACACCAGCAGCAUGCAGCGUGUCAAAGUAUACCGUUUGGCUGAUGGUGGGAAGUGGGACGAUCAAGGAACAGGUCAUGUUUCUAUUGAUUACAUUGAGGGUUCGAAAGAACUCGGUUUGACUGUUUUAGAUGAAGAUGACAAUGAGACGCUACUUAUGCACAACAUCACAUCUGAUGAUAUUUACAGAAAACAAGAAGAAACAAUCAUUUCAUGGAGAGAUCGUGAAGCAGCGACAGACUUAGCACUAAGCUUUCAGGAAGCUGCAGGAUGCUCCUACAUAUGGGAACAUAUAUGUGAAAUUCAGAGAAACCUUCAGUUCAGUAACCUUGGUGCUCCGGAAGUUGGUCGUCGUCAAUCAUCAGAAUCUCUAGAAGCCUCUAGAAUAAUGCAUUCAAAUGAUGAUUCAUUCCGCUCUGCUAACGGUGAAUUCAGGGAACUUCCUCCUGUUGAGCUGUCUAAUCUUCCUUUUAUUUUGAAGACUGUAUUGGAGGGUGGCAUUACAGAUCAGAUCCACAUGGCAGAGUUGAUAACACAAGAUCGGGACUUUUUCCCAAAGCUAGUGGACAUUUUCAGAAUGUGCGAGGAUUUAGAGAACAUAGAUGAUCUUCACAUGAUUUUCAAAUUGGUCAAGGGAAUAAUAUUGUUGAACAGUCCGUCAAUCUUUGACAAGAUUUUCUCUGAUGAGUUUAUCCUUGACAUAAUAGGUGCCCUUGAAUAUGAUCCAGAGGUUCCAAGAGUGCAAAAGCACCGUGCUUUUCUAAAAGAUCAUGUAGUUUUCAAAGAGGCCAUACAUAUUGAAAAUGUUUCUGUUAUUUCGAAGAUUCAUCAAACAUACAGAAUAGGCUAUCUUAAGGUUCUGUUCUUGCAUGAAUUUUGCACACUUAGCAAGAGUCUACCAGUUGUUCAGCAACUGCGACUGUUUCGGGAUCUUUCAGGUGAAGGCGUUUUCGAAAUAAUUUCUGAUGUGUUGCAGAGUCAAGAUAGAAAAAUCGUUUCAGCUGGGACAGAUAUGCUGAUACUUUUUCUUAAUCAGGACCCUAACCUAUUGAGGUCAUAUAUUGUUCAGCAAGAAGGAAAUUCUCUUCUAGGACUUCUGGUUAAAGGCAUGGUAACUGACUUCGGUGAGGAAAUGCACUGCCAGUUUCUAGAAAUCUUGCGCAUAUUGAUGGAUUCUUUCACUAUGUCUGGAGCACAUAGAGACGUAAUUAUUGAGAUUUUCUACGAAAGGCAUCUUGACUAUUUGGUUGAUGUAAUAGCAUCCUCUUGUCCCCCGAGGAGCUUGUCUCGACCAAGAUCUAACUCUGUACGUGUUGGUGGAAACGCUGAAGGACAUCAUAUCAAGCCUGAGAUUUUGUUAAAUGUUUGUGAACUACUGUGCUUUUGUGUAGUUCAUCAUCCCUACAGAAUUAAGUGCAAUUUUCUUAUGAAUAAUGCUAUCGAGAAAAUCCUUACAUUGACUCAACGGAGGGAGAAGUUUUUGGUUGUAGCAGCUGUUAGGUUUAUGCGUACUAUUAUAUCCAGAAAUGAUGAGCAUCUCAUUCGCCAUGUUGUGAAGUUCAACUUGUUGAAACCAAUAAUUGAUAUCUUUGUUGACAAUGGGGAGAGGUACAACAUGCUACAUUCAGGAGUACUUGAAUUGUUGGAAUACAUACGAAAGGAAAAUAUAAAAGCUCUCACUAUCUAUGUUAUUGAGUCUUUCUGGUAUGAACUUGUCAAGUUUGAACACUUCGGGAGUAUUCAGGCCUUCAAACUCAAGUAUCAACAGUACGUGGAGAGUGCUGAACCAAUGUUAAAUGCGAGUGUGCCUAACAUGAGAAAGAAGGCAGAACAAAGAGGUCUAGAGAAGGAAGAGGAAGACUACUUCAAUAAGGAUAGUGAUGAAGAAGAUUCAGGCUCCGGCCGGCGGGAUAAACAUGCACAGAACCAGCAUAGCAAGCCUAAGCCCAAGGUCCCUAAUGGAAGUGAAGCUGAUGACACUGAUGGCGCCUCUAGACCUAAAUCUGCUGGACUUGUGGACUAUGACGAUGAUGACGAUGAAGACUUCAAUCCACCACCAAUGGAGCCUUCUACGCCUGCAGAGGAUGAUGUGCCCUUAAACAUAUCCCCGGUGAAGCGGAAGCCAGUGGAUGUGAAACAUGCAGAUGGGGAGGGUCGCAGGAGGCAAAAAAUAGAAACCAGAAUUAGUUGUGCUAAAAUUGCUGCUGUUACUAGUACCAUUAUUAAGCACACAGAUCUACAAAACAAGCAUGCUUGCUACUUGCCUACAUCAGCCGCGCCAAGUACUGAACCCAAUGGUGUUUUUAGGGAGCGUGGCACUAACUCUGAGGAGCAUCAACAUUCUGUAGAGAACACAGAAACUUCACGACAAGCUGGUGGUGAUUGUAUAAAAGACGGGGGCAGUAUGUCUCCCGAGAAGGCUGUAAAUACGACAACGACAAGUGAUUCGGAGCCUUAUUCAGUAAGAUGACUGACUACUACACAGCUGGUUUGUCCCUGUACCCAACCUGUUCUCUUGCCAACAGGAAGGAAUCGGAAUGUGUUUGGCUCCAAAAAUUCAUUGAUAUCAAGCUGGAAGCAUGAUUGGAGGUGACAUAGAUUGCAGCUACCUUUACAUCUCAAGUAAAAUUCCAGUUACCCCUUUUUGAGCCUGUAAAGUUAAUUUUCCACAAGGAAAGAUCUGACGAACAUCAGAAUUGGGAUGGCUGUAGAUUGGAACAUUGAAUGGGCCUUGCUCCUGCUGCUAUGCUCGCUAUUGUAUCUCUUUUAUGAGCUAAUGGAGUAGCAGUGAAUGUGUGCCUUCAACUUCACUGUUUUCUCUCCAGUCAUUGACUCUGAUGUUACUGCUGUAAAACAAGUAGGACUAAGGCAUAGUUUCAGUUGAAUAGCGUUUUUGCCGGAUUCUGCUGACUCACUUAUACGACUGUAAUUUGAUGGUUCAUAGUUUUGGCUGGACAUGCUGUCUUGGAUAAUUAUUCAAGCCUUGUGGUAGAAUAGUUCUUUAGGCCAAAGAUGUGCUAGGUAGAAUUUCGAAAGUGAAUAAUGUUGGAUGUAUUGGGUUAAGGAUGGCAGGUGUACAUGAUAUCCUACUCCAGAACAGGUUCGCUAAAUACUGUGGUACAAUCAAAAAACAUUCUUGCUCU